AUGUCGCUCUUUGGCCAGCCCAAGACCGGCAGCGUCUGGGGCCAGCAGCCUACGCAACAGACAUCGACCACACAACAGAACAGCGGUCCCUUUGGCCAAACGCUAGGAGGCACGCAGCAAGGAACUGGACUCGGCAAUAGCAUGAUGUCGCCAUCUCAACAGUCGCAGCAGAUGCCGGCGCUGUCGCAAUCACAGGCUCAACUGUCCAGCUCGCUGUGGCAGCCGGGCAAGGAAACUCCUCAUCAAAAACCGAUCCUCGAACAAAUGAAGCUCGUGACAGAGAAGUGGGAUCCGGCGAACCCCAGCUGCGUAUUCAAGCACUACUUUUACAACAAGGUGGACGAGUCGCACAUUCCCUUCUACAAGCCGCAACCGCACGAGGACCCGCGCGAGUGGGAGGAGGCGCUGCAGAACAAGCCCGGGCCCGAGUUCAUGCCCGUGCUGUGCUCGGGCUACACGGGCGUGGCGGACCGGCUCAAGACGCAGAAGCGGGCCAUCUCCGAGUUCAACACGCGGCUGCACCAGAUCAACGGCGGGCUGGACGCGCUGCUGCAGCGGCACGAGCUGGCGACCGAGGUGCGGGCGCUGGCGGCGCGGCGGCGGCAGGCGGCCAUCCACGAGCGGUGCCUGGCGCUGGCGGCGCGCGUGCAGAUCCUGCGCAACCGCGGGUACGCGCUCAGCGGCGACGAGGACGACCUCAACCGCCGCCUGCAGAAGCUGGAGCGCGAGGUGCAGGACCCGGCUGUGGGCGCGCGCGAGGAGGAGCUCUGGAGCCGCUUGAUUGUGCUGCGCGGCUACUCGGACAGGCUGAACAAGGAAAUGGGCAAGCCGGUGGCCGAGGGCGGCGAGCUGGACGAGGAGACGCAGAACAAAGCCAAGAGGAUUAUGCAAGAUUACGAGAAGCAGCUGAACCAUUUGAAGAAGGAGGUAGAGUCGUUGAGUGCUGAUUUUGCAGACUGGGAGGAGAGCCGGAGCUCGAACAUGCGAACGAAAUAG